GCAGAGGAGAGAGGGGUACUGAGGGUUACAGAACCAGUCAUAGUUCCCCAGGUACUGACAUUUAAGGACACCUGAGUGUGGAAGCUCCCUGCCAUCAUGGUUCUUCUGCUCAUGUCUGUGACUGUGCUUCAUCUAUUCACUCUGGCCAUGCUGUUCAUCGCCACCUUGGAGAAGUCCUGGUGGAUUUGGUCCGAUGCUGAAAUCACAGACCUCUGGUCUAACUGCAUUCAUGACAACGCAACGGGAAACUGGCUGUGUGCUGCCUCUAACGAAAAUGACUGGCUGCAGGCAGUCCAGUCUAUGAUGGUCCUCUCAGUGGUCUUCUCCUCUAUCUCCUUCCUGGUCUUCCUGGGUCAGCUCUUCACCAUGUCUAAAGGAGGGCUCUUCUAUUUCACAGGCCUCUGUCAGGUUUUUGCAGGUUUCACAUCAUUUGCCGCCUGUCUCAUCUUCACAUUCCACCGUAAGAAGAUCCUGGAGAACUCCAGAGACCUGAGCAUUGGCCACUUUGGCUACUGUUUCAUUCUGGCCUGGUCCUGUGUACCGCUCUUGCUCUUCAGUGGAGUCCUGUAUGUUCACCUGCGCAAGAGGCAGUGAACUAAGACAUACAUUAGCAGCAUUAUUCAGUAUUACUUGGUAUUGUUAGUCUAUUAUCACUUGACUGUACACUCUUAGAAACAGGGUUCCAAAAGGAAUCUUCAGCUGUCUCCGUAGGAUAACCCUUUUUGGUUCCAGUUAGAACCCUCUGUGGAAUAAGUUCUACAUGGAACCCAAAAGGGUUAUUCAAAGGGUUCUCCUAUGGGGCCAGCUGAAGAACCCUUUUAGGUUCUAGAUAGCACUCUUUUUUCUAAAGUGUAGUGAACAACAGAGACACAAUGUACGAUGAUACAGAGGUCUUUAUUUUA